AGCGCUGCACCGGGGGACCCUGGGCAAGAUGGCGGCGGCCGUGGCGGGCCCACAUGGGCAUGGGGCCGCAGACACGGACACAGGCACGGACAGCGGGUUGUGGCCCUUUGGCUCGCGUUGGUUCUGCUUGGUUUGAGCGUCAGAAUUGAACCCAAAGGGAAGCGUUGCAUGGGAACUUCUUCAAGAGCUCAUUGCUAAAUGUUUGCUGUAUUUUACUUGUGUGCCUGCACCUUGAUCGCUGAGCGAGUUUGAAAAAGUUAAGCAGAGAGAUGUGUUCUGAAUUAAGCUCAGAACUUCCAGAAGACAGCUACUCUUCAGGAGGUGAAGCCCUGGAUGGUGAUGAUGAAGAUGAAGCAGCAGGCCCUGGCAAUGUGGCUGAAGAGGCAACAAGCUCCAAAGAUGGUCCAAGUUCAGGAUGGGCAGAUGCCAUGGCAAAAGUGCUCAACAAAAAGAUUCCACAGAAUAAGUCCACCAUCUUGGCCAAGAAUAAAAGCCUGGAGAAGGAGAGAGAGAAAAAAAAACAAGAAAGGCAAGAAAAGAAGAUGAGGCUCGAUAAAAAGCGGGAAUGGGAAAUGAUGUGCCGAGUGAAGCCAGAUGUUGUCAAAGACCGAGAGAAGGAAAGAAAUCUUCAGAGAAUUGCCACAAGAGGUGUUGUACAAUUAUUCAAUGCUGUCAGGAUGCACCAGAAGAAAAUGGAAGAGAAGGUGAAGAACGUUGGGAGCUCUGAGAGGAAGCGUGCUAAACUGAUGUCUUCUGUUUCAAAGAGAGAUUUCAUCGAUGUUUUAAGAAACAUGGAGGGGUCUAAAGGAGGCAAGAAUCCAGCUGGAAAGGCCACAAAAAGUAAACAGGGUGAAGUGAAAUCUGAAGAGGGGCCAGAAUGGAAUAUUCUCCGUGAUGACUUCAUGAUGGGAGCAUCUAUGAAGGACUGGGACAAGGAAAGUGAUGGAGAAGGCAACAGUGAAGAAGGAGGUGGUCUGAAACAAGAAGAUGACAGUGACUGAAUGAAACUGAAAACCAUUCAAGAUAAUUUUUUAUCUUCUUAAGUUUGUUUGGAUAAAAAGUCAGCAUUCUAUGAAUGUACAACACUUGGAGGAUACCUCUUUUAAAAGGAAAAAAAAAGACUUACACAACCUUGGAGUGUUUUCUCCUUCAUGUCAAACUUUUAUUUAAUAUAACUCCAUUUGCUAUACUGAAAUCCUGAAAUAUUUUCCAAAACAAGUAUAAUUUUCAACAUAUUUCCAAAACAUUUUGUACAGUCAAAAUAGUGGCACUUGCCCAAUGAAAGAUAGAUUUUGCCAAGGUCAUUAAAAGUUUAUACAUUAGUCAUGGCAAUUGAUGUAUUAGUGUGCCUGCAUUUCCAAAUCACUGCUGUACUUUGAGAAGUUGUUGCAAUUUGCAAUAGAAAUGGCUUACAAUAAACACAGAAAUGCCGUCACCUUGUAAAGUUAUCGGACUCCUAUAGAGUCUUUACUACUUUGGCCAGAAAAGGUUCGGUAGAUAAUAAAGGAAAGUAACCAUUAAUGUGAUAGUUCUGGUCUUGGAGCAUAGUUCAAUUGGAGACAACUCUGGAAACAGAAUUGUAAAAAGAGAGACUUGACCCUACUGAUGGGGUUUAUUCAUAUAUAUAUAUGUAUAUAUAUGUAUAUAUGUAUGAAUAUAUGUAUAUGUAUGUAUGCGUGUGUAGAUAUAUAUAUAUAUAUAUAUAUAUAUAUAUAUAUAUAUAUAUAUAUAUGGUUUUUCCAUUGCAACUCUGAGAUUGUAUAAGCUAGGAGUCUGGGAGGAGAGGAAAAGAGUCAUUGCCAUUGGUUUCAUUGGGGAGGGAGAGCUUUUCUAGCGAUACCACAGAAAAUUUUGUUCAGUGUUGCUUCAUUUGCAAUUGUGGCGUUCUGGUCUUUUUCAAUGAGGAGCUGGAGCUCUGAGAUUCAUGCUGUGGGGUUUAGUCAGCUCUAAUGCUAAUUCCUCAGGUCUGCAAAGGGUCAAACCAGAGCCCUUCCUCUUAUGUGUGGGCCAUAAUAGUAAAAAAUUUGGAAGUCAUCUGUCAUGGUAACACAGUUGCCUUUUUUUAAGCUACUGCAAUUUCUCCUCAGUAGCUGUUGGUUGUAGAGGUGCAGAAGCUAACACACAUAAUAAGAAUAUAUUUUAUGUAAGCAUAUGCAUACAGGAGGAAUUGUGUGGUGGUAAGGGUGUUCUAAAUGAGAGGCUGGGGUUGAAUUCUCCUGCCUUUGCUGUUCCAGACUGACUGUCUGAUGCUGUAUCAUUUGUUUAACUUUGCUAUCACAUUUCCCCAUUUGCUAUGUAAAGAAAAAUCCUUGGGGCCUGUGAAUUGAUACUUAAAAUACAUGGUACUGUUCUGUCCAUUUCUAUAGGUGCCUUACAGACAAACCUUUCUUUGUACCUGCUUAUAGGCAAGACAUGAUUAGGAGCAACUUUGAAAUUUUCAGUCUUCAGCAUGGAAAUGUGCAGUAGGAUUUAGAUUUUCCUAACAAAGGCAUUGCUUGAACUUUGUGUGUACUGCUGGAUAAAAAAAUAUGGGUACAAAAUGGCAGAGAAACCCAUCCCAACAACUGGCAGUCAUUGUCUUAUUCAUAGCCUAUUCAUCUGGUAUAUAUUGUAGCAUAAUUCUUCCAGGAGAAAUCAAAGUUAACAGCAGAAAUGUUUAGAUUUUCAAGCUGUUUUGAGUGUUAAACAUAUUAGAUAUCUGAGGAGACAUUAGUUUGUGGCCUGAUAUUUAUUUUCACAAAUGAGGGCUUACACCCAAAAUACCAAGUGGCAAAACCACAGAAGUUUGACACAUGGUUAUCCUGGCUUCUGAAGGCUUGACAUCUGUACAGCUGUGCAGUGAGAGUCACCAUCUCAUUAGUGUAGUGUAAAAACAUGCUGCAAUGGGGUUUGGGUCCAUGAAGCAGCAUAACGUUCUAACCUGACACUGCUUCCUCUCUACAGAGUUCAGCUGCUUUCUGUGGAAAAAUUACAUCAGCGCCCUUAAAUCUACAGUUGUUCUCUAGUUUCAUAUCAGCAGUUUCUUUCCAUAAUCAGACUUCUGGAAAAUAAUCUAAGUUUUCCUUAGGAACUCCGACAUCCUGAGGUGAUUAUUAAAAAUUUCAGAAUGCUUUCCAAAUACUUUUAGAAUACUUGGGUGUUUAUUUGUGCAUUCUUGGAGUAAUGUUUUGAUUAAAGCACUGAAAUAUCUCUUGUGUAUUUAAGAAAAAUGUAGAAUCUAUCAAUAUUGCUAAAGGUAUUUUGAACUUCCGUUUCAUUUAGAGUGCAUAGCCUAUAUGUGGAGAGUAUUUCUUGCCUUUUAAAAAGCAUAAUACUUAUAUUUUUAUGUAUAUUGAGUAGUUAUUUAAAUUUUAUACUGUACCUCGUCUUUCCCUUGUCCUUUUUUUUGUGCCAUAUGCUGAGAGGCUCUGAGAAUUGCUAAAAUUGUUAGCUACAUAUUUUGAUUUUAGGCUGCUUUAUUUCACAGGUUUUGUUUUUGUUGACUAGCAGUUCAAAAGAUUUUGUUUGGACCAGGCACCUUCCAGUCUCUUCUCUGGGCUGCCCUACCCCCUUUUUCAGUAAUGUUCUUCCUCUUCAACAGCUACCAAGAACAACCUUCAGCAGCUUUUCCCAGCAGUCAGAGUGCUCGCUCUGUUUUUCCUGCUCCCAUGAAUAUCUCUGCUCAAGCAAAGCUGUGCUGCUGCCCUUCAUUCCAGAGAGCAUGAAUCAUAUCAACUUUGUAUAUUUCUGUACCUAUCUAUAUAAAGCCAAUAAGGAUGGGGUGGUUCCAGUUUUGUUAGGCUUUAAGCCAAUUUCAGAGUAUGUAAAGUUUAAUAUUCUAUGGAUUGCACGCAAAGCAAGGGUUUUGUUUAAUAAGAGAAGGCACAGGGUCAACUCUUCCCCAUGUCUUGUGUCCCCUGGUCUAAUUUCUCUUCACAUUAAUUGUGCUAACUUUUUUCAGCAAGGAAAGCAUGAGUUGGCCUGUGGAAAAAAAUGUCUUGUCCCUGCUUUUCUUGAGCCUCCUGUUAGGGAAACACCUUAGGAGUGGUGAUGGAAUAUCCUUGUUGUGCCUGAUACCACUGUACCACAGCAUCUUCUCUGCUAAAACCUGGAGGGAAGAGCUCCCACUUCUGCAGCUGUGAGGCAGGUUCUCCUGGGUUCACAUGCUGAGCAGAACAAAAGAGCUGGAAGCUGCUUUCUAGUGAAGAUAGGGCUUUUUUUGGUCCAAUUUGUUUUAAAGAGAGAAAUGAGUUGUUUGGAGGCCAUAAAAGUUUUUUGUCUAUCUGAUGCUUCCAGAAGAAGGUGGUCUGUAGAACUGCAUCUGUUCGGAGCUGGCUCAGUAGCGGUCUCCAGGGAGGAAGGCAGAAGUCAUCUGGCACAAAACACUCUGCACAACUGAAAAUGACAAACUUCUCAUUCUUAUGAAAUGAGUCCUGGCACAGAUAAUAUACACACAGAGCAGUCAUCAGUGUUGUUCACUUCCAAUCCCUGCAAAUUGCUCAAUGAUUUCUUCAAGACUUGCUGAGGUAAGGAGUGAGAGGGCCAGGAGAAGGCUUGAGGUAGUGGAGACUCAGGAUCAUGUUACACAGAUUGGGUCCCUGUGCUAAAUAAGAUGUUAAACUCAGGAGUCUAAGACCUCAGACACUGGAGACUGAACAAGUUCUUGAUUAACAGAUGGUGGAAGACUGUACAUCUCAUUUAUUGCUGUUCUAAAGCAUGUAAAACUCAAAUGUUUCACCUGUUUAAGUGAUCUAGCAGAUACGGGUUUUUUUCUUUAUCAUUCUUCUUCAGACGUUUAGCAAUGGCAGAUGCUUCUUAGACAAAACAUUGUUUUCAAAUGCAUCUUUUCAAUAGCUUUUCUGUUUUAAGGGACAUAUUAAAAAUGAAACUCCAGUCAAACUGAAUACCUUCAGUGUGAAACAUCCUUGUGUUUGUGUAAUGCUCCAUCCCUUGAAACUACUUAUUUUUGUUUAAAUCUAUGUGUUUAACCUGUUGGAUACAAAAUGGUUAAAUGAAAUAUGGCACUUUCACCAAGCUUCUGGAUGUGAACUCAUGAGCACAAGGAGUGUUUCCAAGAGGCACUUUGGAAGGUUAUUUUAGGAAUACUCAUAAAAAUCAUUAUUUCUUCACAGUGCCACAGUUGCUUCAAUAGCCCAUUCUUUCAUGCCAGUGCAUGAACUUCUGGAGCAUCAUUUUACAGCAUUUUCUUAGUGUUUCUUCACUGUAUUUUCAGUAAAUGUGGUGGUGUUAAUAGUGAACUGCUAACCAGGAUCACACUUGCAUUACGGUUUUCAUACCACUAGGAUUUCUUAUAGACAUAAUGUUUUCAGAAGUAGCUGAAUAAUUAAUAGAAAGCAUUCACUUACAAGGUAAACUGGUUACACUUCUUAUCAGAAACUUCAUGCUGUAAUUAAGGAGUGGUUAAAUAUAAAACCUGCUGAUGUUACGUUAGUAGUUCUUUAAGUCGUGUUGUAGGCAUGUGUGAUUUUAAGUCGAAGGUAACAGGGGGUUGUUUGUCAUAGUUCUGUCAUAAAAUCUGAUGUACUUAAAGAUUCCACUAGCCAUUUAUGAGCCCUUUAUAAAGUGCAUUAUGAAUAUAAUGGUGGAGAUUGUGACUUAAGGCCCAUGGCUAUUCAAUCACUCUUGCUUUGAACUUUGCUUUUCCUGAUAAAGCAGGACAUUCUCAUAUUGUUCAGGACAGAAAAGCUUAAAAGUGUUGCUUGAUUCAAGCAACAAGAUAGUGAAAAGCUUUCCUGAUUAUGUGGAUUUUGCAUUGACUUUCAGGUUGAGUACAGUUUAUCUCAAGAGGAUUUUCUGUGGUUUCUAAGUGAUCCAUAAAUUGCAAGUUUUGUGGGCAGUGAAGCAGCCUUUUACUUAGGGUACCCUGUCCAGGGACAAGAACUGGCCUGUGUCCUUUUCAGGAAGGGUGCCUGAAGUCAGGCAGCUGAAUGAAAACUGGAGAGCUGAGUCCCUGAGCUGUUGGUAAUUCAGCCUUUGACAUACCUGCCCAUAGCACCUUCCCAGUCACACCUCCCAGGGCUGCUUGGAGGCAAAGGGUGAUCAAACACACAGUCAGUCUUUCCACCACGGGGUACUGUGCAUCCUCACUUAUAAUCAUGAGUUUCAAAAGAGGUUGCACAGUAGUGCAAUAUUGUGCAGUAUAGUUUUGCACAAAAGGUAACAACAGUGUGGUUUUUUAUAUAGUGGCUUUUUAGAGGAGUGAACCAUUUGACAGUAUCUGCUGAAAUUUGGUACAGCCUUAUGAAAGAAAUGCUCAUUAAUUAAGAAAAGACUUCAUAAAAUUCUGAAAUGUCUGUUCAUGAUUAACAGAAAAAGACUGAAGAUUUUUCAGAACCUUCUGACAAGAUCCUCAGUUUAAGGAUGCAUUACUCAGCCCAAACAAUGUAUUAGACCCAAGUAUAAAUAUACUUCCACUGUGAACAUUGAUCAAAUUGGAAGUAUGAUAUAUUGGUAUUCUUGUGGAUUUUUUUGUGUUAGAAAUGGACUGGUCAAGCCUUGCAAGAUGCUGAAUAUCUUUCUGAUGUUGUAGCACUGCAACCAGCAGGUCAGACCAGGAUUGCCAGUGCCACUGCUGUUCUCUCCAUCUGCUAUGUUUUGCCUUUUUUUUUUAUUUUUUUAACUACUGGAGUAUUAUUUUAUUUUAAAUUUUAGUAUCAUUGCCUAGAAUUAAAGAAGUGGAACAGAUUUUAUGUGAAGAAGAUUGUUCAAGUAAGAAGGGCAAUGUGUGUCUUUCUAUGUCAAUAUUGUGCCUCCCAGACACAGGCUGUUGCCUUUGAUUCUCAUUCACUUUGCUUGCUGCUGAAGUACAUUGCUGGACUAUUUGUCUCAUGAUGAAUUAAUUGCUUUUAAUUUCAUAGGAUUGCAGUGAUGAGCUCAUGGACUUGGGUCCUUUAUGUGAGACACUACUGGUUCUGAUGCACAUUUGCAGCCAAUUUGUAGGCAAUUUUACACUCUGAUUUAAUUGUUGAUAAAGUGAAUGUUCAAAUGACACUGGAAUUUUUGAGAGGAGGCAUUCAGCUGUCAGUCUGUAUCCAUGAUGGGGAAGUUUAGAGACUGGUCCAUAGAGCCCAGCUAAAACCAGGGGAGUAGGUUACUUUAAUUGCAAUCCCAUCUAAAAGGUCGUUGAUUCAGGGGAAGCAAAUGCUGAACAUCUUUGCCACUCCACAGAGGUGACGUGUUCAAGAUCCAGCUCUAAAAUAAUCUGGAUAUAGAUCAAAAUUAGUGAUAGAAAUGAAUCUUUCCAUUUAAUUCUAGGAGUCACCAAGCUCAAACCAUCUGUCUGGGAAGAUGUAGUUUGAUCAGCCAUUCAGGAAUACUGCAUUCCUUGAUUUCAGUAGUGAGGCAUAGAAAAUGGGUUUAAAAAUGUGUAAGGCUGAGAGGCAAAGACCUCUGCACUGAUCUGGUGAGUGCAGCACAGAAGCUUGGUACUGCAUGAAGUCUGGUUUGGUUUUGUUUAUGCGGUAAUAUGAAAACGCAUUGCUUUCUGCAAGCUUUCUAGAGUAUUCUCGAACACAUGUUGCUUAAAAACCAUUAGGAAAAAAACAUUUCUGAAGCUGUGUUAGCUUAAUAGAGCUUUUCAGUUGUGCAGACUGCAUAGGCAGUUUGUGAAGAAGUCAGGAUGCCAUACCCAGAGCUGUUUGUUUUGUGUAGCUGCAGAAAAUGAUUUAAAUGUGGCGUUACAGGCUGGCUCAUUUUUGAAGUUGCUGCCAGUUAAUCUUGCUAUACACGUAAUUUUCUUAAAAUUUCAAUAGCUCAAUGUGGGUGCAUAUUCUAACUUGAGUUACAUGGUUUAAAUGUGUUGAAUAAACUCCAGUGGAUGCCCUGUUAGGAAUCCAAUAUUUACAGAUAUCAUUUGUGUGUUACUUAAUGAGGUAUAACCGAAAUCAUCACCAUGCAGUUCAGAAAUAGAAGGCAACAGCUGUAAUCCUGAGAAGGAGAUGCAGGUCACGAGUUCAAACCUUGAGAUUAAAGGGAUGACUUUUACCCUACUGUCUUUACUUUGUCAUGCUUGCUAUAAGUAGAUGUCAAGGCCCUUUGGUUUAUAAACCACUGAGCUUAUAUUUCUCUGUCUUAUUUUAUUUUUAUUUUUAGUUAGUGAAUCUGAUCAUUUUCCUCUGCUGAUAUAUAAGUCUUACUGACUUAAGUGGAAACAGGAUUUCCUGUGGUGAUUAAAACCACAGGUGCUAGGAUUAAGGAAGGCCUUUUUUUCAGUGGCGUAUAGACUAAAACUGGAAUGAUACAUAGAAGAUUAGCGUGGCAUCCUCAAGGCUGACAAGCAGAUUUGGGAAAGCACAUGAGGGGAUCAAACUCCAGGAGGUGUAACCAUGGGGAAACUUCUCUGGCAAAGUUUUUAUGAGGACUUGAAUCUUAACAGAUUCAAGUCCUGGAACUCAGCUGUUGGAAGCAGAAACCUCUUUGGAUGCAGUGCUGAUGUGUGCAGCCUUUAUGGGAAAUGUGUAUGUUUUUAGGAUAAGGGUUUUAGGCUAUUGAUGCUUCCCUAGACCCCUAAUGUCUGGCUGUACUCUGUGGAGACAGGGUGCAGCUUCACUGGAGAGAAGCUAUUUUAGGAGUUGUAAAUCCCAGCCAUGUAAAAUGUGAAGAAUAGCCUAGCACUGAAAUACAGACUAAAGUGAUGUUCCUUUCCAUUCUCUUUUUCCUCUUAUCCAUAAGAAUUUUUUUCCCCUUCAGUUUUUAGUCAUUCUGGCUUGCGGUGUCCUGUCUAAAGUCCCAGUGUUGUUGUUGUUUUUGAGAUUUUUUGGUGGUCUUUGGUAACAUUUUUUGGGGGGUUAAUUGCAUUCUAGAUGGCUUUUAUUAAGCUGCAGUUUUAGACACAAACUAUACACUGCUGUGUGGACAUUAAAGCUUUGUGUUCCUACUUGAUGGUAGGAGGUGAUGCCAUUCCGUAAGUUCUCAGGGAUGACACCUGAAUGGCUUUUUGGAUCAGAUCCUGUUGGCUUCUCUUGUGACUGUUUCCACUGAAAUUAUUAGACCUAUUUGUAGGAAUGAGAACUUUUUUCAUGUAUAUAGGUAUGUAUGUAUGAAUACAUAUAAAUACACAAAAAUGUGUGUGUCUAUAAAUGUAUAUAAAAGCAGAAGUUCUUAUUCCUGUUAUAU